AUGUUGAGAGGAACCAUUCUUUGCUCCAACUCGGGGUCCCAGGCAGCUUUUCUGCCAUCCUUGCCCCUGUCACUGCCAGCUCAAGAUGCGAACGUCACCGCCCCACCUAGUUGCUUAGAGCUAGUUUCUCCCCUAGUUCCAGGCGAGCAGCGGGAGGACCACGGACUCCGCGCCCGCUUCCGUAGGAUCUCACCUUACCUACCUGCGGGGGCCGAAGGCGCGGAGAACCACCUGUCGCGGGCGCACGGCGUCUUCGUCUCUGCCGUCUUCUCCCUUGGUCGCCGGGAGCCGCUUUACAUCCUAGCUGGGCAGCAGGGAGAGGACGCCUGUCCCGGAGAAAGCCCGGAGAGCCACCUCGUCUGCCUCGGAGAAUCUUGGGUCGCUGAGGAGCACGCGGCGACAGAGGGGGCCGCAGGGGUCUCGGGGUCACGGCGCUGGACGCAAGGCGGCAGGGGUGGCGGGGGUGGCGGGGGUGGCGGGAGCCCCGGGCUGGAGGCGGCCCGAGGAGGAGGGCGGACCCACCUGCGGCGCGGGGACCGAGGCCGGCUUCAGGUCUCACCUGAGAAACUGGGGAACCGCUCGGCGGCGCCCGGGAGCAGCGAGAAAGGCGGCGCCGCCCGGGGUGAUGCCUCAGAGAGUGAUAUCCUCUGGGUUGAUGGGGAAGAUGGGUUAUCCCUCAUACACCCCUGCAGUGAAUCCUACCUAUAGCCUCUGGCAGUCAUGGAGAGCCAUGGAGAAGUAGAGAUCUGAUCGCACCUCAGGUCUGGUCAUUGCCUUUUGAAAGACUGCCAAUGGCAGGCAGGGCUCUGGUUAGCACCAUUCCCGGGGCGGAGCUUCAUCAGCAUAUGCUUUGUCUUCAAGGAGCAUGUAGACAAGUGGUCUAACCUGCCCACUCUACCAGGCCCUCUGGUUCUGUUGGUGAUUGUCAUUGUGACCUCUACACUGAGACUCCUUAUGGUGUGUGGGGUCCUGAUUCCUGGCGGGGUAUGGCUAGGCCCAGCCCUGGCUGCCCCCAGGGCCUACAGAAGUUUCCCCAGCCAAUCCAACAUCGCCUCAGUAGGGCUUGUACUUGGGGAGAUGUUGAAAGACUUGAGUCCUCAGAUAGGGCCACCUGGGCAUGUAGGGGAUGGCAAGAGGGGAAAAGCCCUGGGCCAUGGUACCUUUGGAAAAGUCCAUGAGGGACUGGUAAUUGGCCUUCCUGGGGACCCCAGCCCCCUGCAGGUGGCUGUCAAGUUUUGUGGAACCUACAGCCUGGUUCCCUCCCUGCUGGCAGCUCGGAUAUGUGCACCCCCACCCAGCAAGUUCAGCCAUCAGAACACUGUGUGCUGUGUGGGGCUCCGCCUCUGGACUGCCCCUCGCCUAAUUCUGCUCCAGUUGAUGUCUGGAGAGGAUGUAAGGAGUGUCCUGAGGAACAACCAGCCACACUUGGGCCAGCCAUUACCUCUGGCCAUGCGUGACCUGCUCCAUCUGGCCCAAGACAGAGUCCCGGUCUGCCACUACCUGGAAGAAAAUCACUUCAUCCACAUUUUGGGAGUGAUCCUGACUCACAGGAAUGUUGCCGCCAGGAGCUGCCUGCUGAACUGUACUGGGCCCAGCUGAGUGGCCAAGAUUAGAGACUUUGGGAUGGCAAGAGAUAUCUACAGGUGUGGGGUCUGGGGAGGUGGGGAAGGCUGCUGCUCCAAGGGAGUUUACAGGCCCUCUGAGGCCUUCUUGGAGGGCAUCUUCACAUCCAAGACAGACUCCUGGUGUUUGGGGGUACUGCUCUGGGAAGUCUCAUUAGGCUACAUCCCCUAGCCUGGGUGCACCAACCCGGACAUGCUGUACUUCGUUGCUGGAGGUGGACGGAUGAGCCCUCCCCAGGGCUCUCCAGGGCCUCCAUGGGUGGGAUGAACUCCUGCCUCUACCCAGUGUUGGCAGCACCAGCCUGAACUCCACCCCAGUUUUGCUGGCAUCUCGAAGCAUCUCAGAUACCGUAUUCAGGACCCUGAUGUGCCAAAUUCACCCCUGCCAAUGGACCUGGGGCCCAUCCUGGAGCAGGAAGGGACUUCUGGGUUGGAGAGCAGGUCUUUGGAGGGCCUAAGAGCCCCACACGCCUAG